UACAUAUUUCUUGAAAAUAAUUAAGAAAAAGAAAGGAAACGAGGCCUAGUAUUUAGGAGGUAGUUAAGCUAAAAAAACCCACUAUAACCCCUCCUUAAUCCUCGCCAAAACCCUAACUUCUAUCUCUCUCUUUCAUAUUUAUUCCGUGACGGUUAAGUUAUAAGUUACAAAACUUACUACUACCUGAAGUCUUACUUCACUCAAAGAAACAAAAGACAGAAUCUUUUGCUUCUCUCAUAUAUCUUCUCUUGUCCUUUCCUUCUUUUCUGCGUUUACUCUCUCUAAGCUUAAUUAGCAACAGUUAAAGCUAAAUUAAGUCAUAAUUAACGAUUUACUCAAAACCUCCCCAUCUGUAACUGCUCCUGAUUGCUUCACAUUCUUCAUUUGCUAAAACACAGAUUCAUCAUCUCUUUCCUAAUUAUGGACUGCUUAAGCUACUUCUCCAACUCCGAUGUAAUCCAGCUUCAGGAUUGCUUUAUCCCUGAUGUGGAUAUGAUUAUCCCUGAAAACGACACGUUCUUCUUCCAAGCACAACCGCAACAUCAGCCAUUGUAUCACGACGAAGCUCUUUCACCGUCUCUCUUCAGGUUUGAUCACUUUGAUCAUUUCUACGAUUCGUUUCUUCCACCUCAAGAAAUCUUUCUCCCUAUCCCUAAGACCCAAGUCUUCAAUGAGUCACAGGACUUAGAUUCCUUCUUCCACACGCCUAAACACCAAAACCUCAUAAACUCCAGCUUCCAUUUCAACACUCACGACCCUUUUUCCCCGAGACCUAACUCUAACCUCUGUGAUUCUUACAUCACCGAAGCUGCUAACAUUUCCGAGUUUCGAGUUCCUGAUUUCUCAUCGACGUUCAAGGUUGGGUGGACUGAACAAGGCGACACCAAGAAGCGAGAGCUAUCUGCUCAGAGCAUCGCAGCACGAAAAAGGAGAAGAAGAAUCACAGAGAAGACUCAAGAGCUUGCGAAACUAAUUCCUGGAAGUCAGAAACACAACACUGCCGAAAUGUUCCAUGCCGCAGCUAAAUACGUCAAGUUCUUGCAGGCUCAAACUGAGAUUCUCCAGCUGAAGCAGAGCAAAAUACAGACUCGGGAUAGUUCAAAGGUGGGAAGAGAAAUACAGUUUUUGCUUGCCUCUCAAGAAAUCCAGGAGAAGCUAUCGACAGAAGAAGUGUGUGUGGUUCCAAGGGAAAUGGUUCAAGUCCUGAAAGCCGAAGAAUGCAUCUUGAGAAACCCUAAGCUUUCUCGAGACAUCAAUAAGUUGUUGUCAACAAAUCUGACUAAUUAGAUUUAAUUCUAUCCAGAUGCUCGUAUGUCCAAAUCCUUAAAUUUGUCUUAUGUUGUGUCUGUUUCUAAUUUGUUCAUUGUAUUAGUUUUCUAUAAUAGCUAGAGUUUAGCCAUUAGUUAAUUGUCUUCUUAACUAAUGUAAAAAAUCCGCUUG